CUCAUUCAUAGGGUCAGCAGGAGCUAGAGGCAACGUGACAGCCCAUAAGAACAACAGCAACAAACACAUCUGUGGCAUGAUCUCCCAAGAGCGAUCUGCCUGGCGCUCUCACCGACACAAGGCUCAGUCCUUCUUGCGUGGGCAGGCGUUCAGUCCUUGAUGUGUCUUUUCUGUUUUUGUUUUCACUGUUCAAACUUCAUGGCUUCUUUCUAAACCUUUGCGCAGCUUAAGGUCUUGACCCCGUUUGGGCUAAUUUUCUUGCAAGCUUUGAGACUUUUAUCAAUGCGUUUUGGUUUUAUUUUUGUAAACCGUUCCAAGGGCAUUUUUAAAUUAACCACUAAACUUCCUCUGCUCCUGCCGUCUGCUGGUUUGGAGCGCGCAGAUCUUGCCGAAGAACGGUUGCCGAGAGGAAGUCAAGUAAAGGCAAGGAGAAGAAGCAGAAGCGGCUGGAGGAGCGGGCGGCCAUGGACGCUGUCUGUGCCAAGGUCGAAGCGGCCAAUAAAUUGGAUGAUCCGUUAGAAGCCUUUCCAGUGUUCAAGAAGUACGACAGAAACGGGUUAAAUGUCUCCAUUGAAUGUAAACGCGUCUCAAAUCUGGACCCGGCCAUCCUCGACUGGGCUUUUGAACUAACCAAAACAAACAUGCAGACCUUGUAUGAGCAGAGCGAAUGGGGUUGGAAAGACCGCGAGAAACGGGACGAGAUGACAGACGACCGCGCAUGGUACCUCAUCGCUUUGGAAGACGGCGCCCUUCCUGUCGCUUUCUCACACUUCCGAUUCGACGUGGAAUGUGGGGACGAGGUACUCUAUUGCUACGAAGUGCAGCUGGAAAGCAAAACGAGAAGGAAGGGUCUGGGGAAGUUUCUCCUACAGAUAUUGCAGCUCGUGGCAAACAGCACACAGAUGAAGAAAGUCAUGUUAACGGUAUUUAAACACAACCACGGCGCCUAUCAGUUCUUCAGAGAAGCUUUACAGUUUGAAAUUGACGACACCUCGCCCAGCAUGUCCGGCUGCUGCGGGGACGACUGUUCCUACGAAAUUCUCAGCCGGAGAACAAAAUUUGGUGAGAGUCAACACGCUCACCUGGGGAGUCACUGUGGCGGCUGCUGCCAUUAAGGUUCUCCUUUGCUCUCCGGAAGGACCUCAUGCUCUCCGUUCAAGCCUUGCCUUUCUCUUCGUCCUUUACUGCCUGAUCUGCCCCCCCCCACUUCCUCUGUCCCUGCCCUUCCGUUCCUUGCUGGGCUCCCAAGCCAGAACCAGAGGACUCUGCUUCUCCAUCCUGAAUCCCCAGGGUGAAAGAUCUUCCUCCAGGUUGGGAGGCUUUGGAAACUGAAGUCACACCUGACUCUCGGGCAUUAACACUAGACCUGGCUUACCUGUGACUUUGAACUUAAAAUGUGGAUCCAAGCAACUGGCCUUUUAAAAAAAUUUUUUUUUACAUUUCUGGAGAAAUGAAAUGGCUCUCACUUUACGGAGGAAUCUCGCUCUACAAGUUUAAAGGUGCAUGAAAAGUUGGCUUUUUGUACAUUCUUUCAGAUUCUUAUUGGACUAACUGAUCCAAAUACGUGACUUUUCUUUUGCAGUGGUAUGAUCCUCUCCCUCUCUUUUUUCUAUGAACGUUGCAAUCAUUGGCUCUUUGGCCACAGAUGCUAAUUGUGUAGUGCAUUGGACGUUGUUCUUUAAACGAGUUACCUUGAAUUAGACCUUUUCUGGCCCUCGUACCUUUGGUUGGGUAUCUCCAGCAUGUGUUGCAAGCGGAGCGCUUCCUAAUAGGCUUUAGAACCAGCUACGUACCGAUGGCCAUUCUGCGCCCAAACCUUUCUCCCUUCCGUGUCAGUUCAUGGCAGAAAGUAUUGAUGUAGCCGGAGCGUCCACGCAGUUAGCUCUUGGUUGGAUCUCCAAGGCUGUCUCUUUGACCAAAUCAAGCUAUAAGCAAGCCUGCAAGCUGAGUCGGAUCAGCGGCACACAGCCUGGAAAAAAAACUGCUUCCAUCCGUUAGGAGUAUGGAAGCCAUUUAGGAAAACCUGGGGGGGGGGCAGAAAGGCCUGGCUGAAGGAGCAGAGCCAAAGGGAAGUUUUGUUCAGGUAGCGUGUCCUGCACUCCCUUUUGGUCUUGAUUUCGAAGGUCGUAGGCGAUGGGUGGCACUUCUGAACCCCAGUCAAGAGGUGGCGCGGAUGGUGGUGAUGUUUUCUGAAGCCUCGUGUUUAUGCUGCACCAAAGCUUCGCUGAGACCAAGGGUUGACUUUUCUGCUAUUUACUCAUCCCAUCUUCUUCCCAUCCUUAUAAGGGAUAUAACAAUGUGGAACAUCACAUGCCUUUCUGCCUCAGUGAGAUGUGAGCUCCAUCGGAGGCCCAGCCACACACCAGAUCUGGAAUCAGCCUUUGCAAUUAAACCCCGAGAAAAGUCCUUUCUACGUGCAUCCCCAUGGAUCGCCUGAAUGCUGCUGAUGGGAUCUCCCUUGGCCAUGUCUUCCUACAAGCUGUCCUGGUAGACCACCCUCCUACAUGGAAGCCAUUUAGGAACAUGCGUUCUGGUUUGCUGAGCGCCAGCCGAUGGCUUUCCUCUCCUGGCGGAACGGCUUGCAGAUGUUUUGAUUUGUCCUGCUGUCCCCCAUUCCCUGGCCAGGUCAUAAUGGCUGUUGCUGCUCCUGCUCAGCCCCGUC